AAAUCAAUUUCAAAAUCAUUAUUAUUUUGGACCAACAAAAAAAAAACAUGGACAGUGUUUGUGUUACGGGUUGGUGAGAAGCAAGAAAAAGACAGCAUACGAGAAGUGAAGAAGCUGAGUUUCCGAAAAAGAGGAUCUGCAGAGUUAUGGGAAUAGCGGCGGCUAUCGGAUUGUUGUCACCGUUUCCGUUCUAUUACUGUCUCUGGAAUUGGCCCCAAUCAUGGGUGGAGCUGUGUGGUAGAGGCAGAGACCCUUCUAAAGUUAUGGCUCACGUUGCUCAUUUCUUGAAGCUCGUUCAGUUCAUCUCCCUCUUUUCUGUCUCUUCAUUUCAUUGGCCUCCUCCAUUAUACUUUUGGCCCCUCUUUGCUUUUGGCCAAUUCCUAAACUUCAGGGUUUAUCAGCUACUGGGUGAGGCUGGCACAUACUAUGGUGUACGUUUUGGAAAACAUAUUCCCUGGGUUACUGAGUUCCCUUUUGGUGUCAUCAAAGAUCCUCAAUACGUUGGCAGCAUUAUGAGUCUUCUUGCAUGCCUAUCUUGGGUUCCUUUUCAAUACAUUCUCCUUUGGGUUUUAGGUUACGUGUUUAUGAUGCAAGUGGAAUCAAAGGAAGAUCCAUCUACUCGUGCCAAGCCACUCCUCUGAUUGAAUUUCAGUAGGUUAGAAAGAACUUGAGGACUUGGCAGCACCUGAAACUCCAAAUUCUUGAAUGCUGCCGUUUCUUUCCACAGCUCUGGAAUGAACGUAUCUAUUUGUAUGUUCUGAUUCCAUCAAACUAUUUCUAAGGAACUGCAAAACUUCUUUCUGGUUAUCAUGACACAUGCAUUCAAACAAGCCAUGGCGUUAAGUGAUUAACUUUAAUGAAUGCUAUGAUUAAGGGUUUUUCUUUUUUGUGUGUG